CCGCGGGGCAAGAUGGCGGCUGUGGCGGCGGCGGGGCUGUGGCGGCGCGCGGUGCGCGGCUCCUGUUUCUGUGGCAGCGGGAGGUUUUUCAGCCGUGGGCCAAAUGUGCUGCAUCAAGACAGCAGUGCACCACAAGCUGCAUUCUUUUCACCUCUUCAAAAAGUGAUGUUGCCACCAAAUACCUUCCAGGGGAAAGUGGCCUUUAUAACUGGUGGAGGUACUGGGCUUGGCAAAGGGAUGACAACAGCUUUGUCCAGUUUAGGUGCCAAGUGUGUUAUAGCAAGCCGGAAGCUUGAUGUUUUGAAAGGAACAGCAGAAGAAAUUUCUUCUAAAACAGGGAAUAAGGUUCAUGCCAUCCAGUGUGAUGUGAGAGAUCCAGUUUCAGUUAAGAAUGCUGUUGCUGAAACAAUCCAACUGGCAGGACAUCCUGAUGUUGUGAUAAACAACGCAGCUGGAAACUUUAUUUCCCCUUCUGAACGACUUUCUGCUAAUGCAUGGAGAACAAUAACAGAUAUUGUGCUUAAUGGUACUGCUUUUGUAACUCUGGAAAUCGGAAAGGAGCUCAUUAAAGCCCAAAAAGGAGCAGCAUUCUUGGCUAUUACAACAAUUUAUGCAGAGAGUGGUUCAGGAUUUGUGUUGCCAAGUGCCUCUGCCAAAGCUGGCGUAGAAGCAAUGAGCAAGUCUCUUGCGGCUGAAUGGGGUAAAUAUGGCAUGAGAUUCAAUGUGAUUCAACCAGGUCCAAUAAAAACAAAGGGUGCUUUUAGCCGCCUUGACCCAACAGGCACAUUUGAGAAGAAGAUGAUUGAGAGGAUUCCCUGUGGUCGUCUGGGAACUGUAGAAGAAAUUGCAAAUCUUGCUGCCUAUUUCUGCAGCGACUAUGCAAGCUGGGUUAAUGGAGCAGUUAUUAGGAUGGAUGGUGGAGAAUAUGUUUCUAUGGCAGGAGAAUUCAAUGAUUUGAAAAGGGUUACCAAAGAGCAGUGGGAUAUGAUGGAAGCAAUGAUUAGAAAAACAAAAGGCUCUUAAAGUACGUAACUGUAUGGUGGAGAUUCUUGGAAACGAACCACUGCUUUUUCAUUAAUAUUUAUAAAUAACCAUUUGAGAAAUAACCUUCAAAAUCUUUUGUAUGCUAAUUUUAAUAAAAUUUUUUGAAAUUGUUGUAUUUUGAAUAUAGCUUAUGUGUUUUUCCCCAUCUAAAAUCUAAUCUGUUGCCAACAGUGAACAAUAGUUGGUACCUGAAAUUUUACUGUUCUUUAGAUUGUCUUACACAGCCGUGGUCUACAGUUAGCUUUUUUUUUAUCUUUCAGAGGAUUUUUUCCUCAGAUAUAUGCAAGUGUCUCUUAAUAUUGUAAUUUUAAUAGUGUUUCAGCACUGUCAUAACAGAAUGUGAUUAUUAAUCUGAAGAAA